UCAGCGUCUCUAGUGAUCUCCUACCUGGCUACUGUAGGGAGCGUGGCCAGCGCCCUUGGCCCACUGGGGCCAUUGCAUGACCCCAGUAUAUCAGUGUUGGAGGCCCUGGGACCCUCCGAAAAGUAACCUCUCCCCCUGCAGGCCCAGAAAUUUCUCCUCUCUUCCCCUCCCACACACCAGGCUGUGGUUCCCUCAGUUACUGAGAAGCCAGAGUCCUCACCCCAGGUCCCCACCAGUAUCAAGGACUUAAGCAGCGUCUUGUGUCCAGGUCAACUAGGGGCCUCCUGCCCCCUUGUUACCAGCACUCAGCAUGCAGGACUCCCGGCCCCCACCCACAUCGCCCAAACUCAGCUGGUCCCCCUUGGUCCCGAGGUCCCCCUCUGUUGCAGCCCACAAUCCAGCCACGGGCCAGCAGCCUGCCAAACGCACUGUUCCGAAUUUCCGCCGCAUGCGCAGGCUCAUUGCUGAGGACACUGAGUGGUCACUGGCCAUUGUGCCCCUCCUCACGGAGCUCUGCAUCCAGAACAUCAUCAGAAACUUCCAGAAAAACCCAAUCCUGAAGCAGCUGCCUCCAGAAUACCAGCAGAAGGUCCUGAGCCAACUGCCACCUGACCUGCCCCUGGCCGUGACUGCCAAUCUCAUCGACGACGAGGGCUACUGGCGCCGCUGCUGCAUGCACCGCUGGCCUGUGUGCCACGUGGCCCGGCACGGUGGCAGCUGGAAGCGCCUGUUUUUCGAGCGACACAUGGAGGGUCUGCUGUGCCACUUCAUCCCUGGCACCACGGACCCUGGCACCAUCCUCGACCUGCUGCCCCUUUGCAAGGACUUCAUUCGCAGCCUCCGUGUUGACCAGCUCCUCCCGCCUGUGUACCUGCCGGCCCCACCCCGUGUGGCGGGAGACCAGUCAGAUUCAGCCAGCGAAGGGGAACCCGAGGAAAUCAGCGCCGAUCACUACACGCUGGGCCCGCUGGUGGCCGGCCUGAGCCAGCUGGAGGAGCUGGACCUGGUGUAUGGUGUCAAAGACUGUGGCAUGAAUUUCGAGUGGAAGCUCUUCCUCUUCACCUACCAGGACUGCCACUCCUUGGCGGCUACCAUCAAGGCCUGCCACACACUCAAGAUUUUCAGGCUGACCCGCAGCCGCGUGGAUGACGAGAAGGCCCGCAUUCUGAUCCGCAGUUUGCUUGACCACCCGGCCCUUGAGGAGCUGGACCUGUCACACAACCUCAUCGGGGACCGCGGGGCACGUGGCGCUGCCAAGCUGCUCAGCCACAGCCACCUGCGUGUGCUCAACCUGGCCAACAACCGCGUGCGUGCGCCUGGGGCCCAGGCUCUGGCUCACGCCCUGACACACAACACCAACCUUCUGUCCCUCAACCUGCGCCUCAACUGCAUCGAGGACGAGGGCGGCCAGGCCCUAGCACACGCCCUGCUGUUUAACACGUGCCUCACCACCCUGCACCUGGGCGGCAAUGAGCUGUCUGAGCCCACGGCCACACUCCUGUCUCAGGUCCUUUCGGUCAACACCACGCUCACCAGCAUCAACCUGUCCUGCAACCACAUCGGGCCGGAUGGCGGGAAGCAGCUCCUGGAGGGCGUGUCGGACAACAAGACCCUCUUGGAGUUUGACUUGCGCUUGUCAGAUAUCACCCAGGAGUGCGAGUACCUCAUCGGCCAGGCCCUCCACACCAACAGGGAAGCUGCCCGCCAGCAGGCCUUGAACCCUGGCCACUUCGUGUUACCUGUCACUGCCAGUGGCCCUGGGAAAUCUGUGGCAUAAGGUGCAACUGGGGCCAGGCAGUGACCAGAGACCAGGGGUCACCACUCCAGCCCUGUCCCUCAUUCCCUGCCCUUCCCACACACCCUGCUGCUAAAGGUCACUCCAGUCCAGAGGGAGGGAAAGAGGGACUCGAACAUCCUCCGAAGGAGCAACUGAGGAUUGAAGGCAUAAAGACACAAGGCAAGGAGGUUCCCGGUAAGGGAGAAAAGGUAUUAAGUGGAGACCCUGCUGUGGGGCCCACAAAGUGGUGUCAUUAGAUCCCUGAAAAAGAUGACUUCUUCCAGGAAUUAGGCAGAUGGACUCCCAUGCGUGCUGCCCAUGUAGAUGACUCUCCUCCAUCUCCCCACCCCCGGCUACUGAUGGGAUCCUUGACCUUCACGCAUGUGCACACACGCAUGCAUACACAAGCACAUACACACACACACACACACACACACACACACUGUAGCUACAGUACAAUGAUGCCGGAAUCUUCCUGUUACACUUACUCCUGAAGAUGUCACCUCCCCACUGCUCGACUCUGCUUUAUGUGACCCAGUUUUACAGGCCACACCAUCAAUCCCCACUUUUCACCUGGGAAGGGGACCCUGGGAUACAGGAAGGCAGCUGUCAGUGGUGGCUGCUGGGAGAACCUGGUGACACUCUUGCUGGAGGGGUAAGAAAUGCCACACCAGAGGGGAGGUCGGUGAGUCAUCGCAACUUUAUUAUCCACCAGUUAGAUUUGUACAAUCUUUGCACUUGGAAAUCCAGGACAGAAAGGCCACAGUGUGAUGCACCCAAUUGCUCCUCCCGGCCAGGCCCAGCCCGCCUGACAGCCCUUGUCCCCAGACAUGGGGAGCCUUCCAGGUGCCCUGCAUGAGUCCCUGUCACUCUGCAGCUGCUCAGCUUGGCCACAACUACAGGAAUCACAUCAGCCAGGAUGCCCAAGGGGCUGAUGCUCAGGCCUAGGUCCCCAAGGGCUGGGUCAUGAAUUUCAACCAUAUCCCAGCGGCACCCACUCUCCAGGGACCCCUUCCAACAAGCAGCCGCUGAGCAGAGCACCACAGGGGCUUGAGCGGGGUAACGCACAUGUGCCUGUCUGGGUGGCCUUGAAUCCUUCAUGCCUGACACCCUCAAACGGUUUCAGAGUGCAAACGUGUAGGUGGGAGGGUGUGUGUGUGUGGCCACCGCUGCUAGCAGAGGUUCUAAUUAGAGAAACAAGAACAUUCAGUGUAAAGUUUAAUUUUAGAGAUUAAUUAAUUUUCUGGUUUUCAUUUUCCCUGGCAAUCAAUAAAAGCUACCAAGAAAA